AUGUCGGGAACUUGGGAUUGGGAACGAUGCACGAGCAACUGUCUCUCAUACACAGUCGCAAACCCGGGUUUCUACGAUGAGCUGAGCUGUAUCGCCAGCGACUUCUACUGCAUGUGCAGAGAAGUGGCGUGGGUUGAACGACUAGUCAAUGGCGAUGUUACACCACUGGCGUGCAUCUCAGAGAAUUGCGCAGAGCCCGCAAAGAUAGCCUUCGCUGCCUCCGUUUCGCUCGAGUGCAGUAACCAUGGUCUCGAUAUUGAUACACUGAUCGCAACGGACAACAUACUCCUGACUUAUUUUGAUGCGCAACCAGCAUCCACAUCCGUGUCUCCACUGUCUACGAGCCCAACGGAAGCAUCUACGUCCGCGUUUGUUCCCACGACUUCCUCGAUGCUUACGAUUACACGACCUUCGACUGGACAGCCAGUUUCCACACAAUUAGCCGCCGAAGGCGCGAAUACGAAAAGCGAAGGGCUCGGUGCGGCCGCGACAGGGGGACUCGCUGCCGGGAUUACAGUUGCUGGUCUUGCAGUAAUCGCACUGAUAGCAUGGUUCGUCAUCCGCAAGAGACGUAAAGCAGCUCAAAAUAGGGAAACGCCUGUGGUGUCGUCAAUGCAACCAGAUAGCUCCAAUGAGAAAACGGACUACGAUCCUCACCAGAACCACGAACCUACCCACGAAUUACAAGGAGAUGAUCCGCCCACCAUGUAUAGUCACACAAGCAAUCGGAUGUCUGAACUUGACUCAAUACGGCCUCCGUCAGAACUCGAUUUGACCAGUCCAAUAUCUGAGCUCAGUUCGAAUCAAACGGAUCACGAUCGUUGGUCGGCCAACACGCCCAUGCCAACAAGUCCUUCAAGCCUUCCGGAUGUGCAAGAGGAUGAAGAAACGAUUUCGAUCUCGCAACCUGGUAGGUUCAGCCAUAUCCGGACUGCGAGGGCUUCGAAAAGCCAUCGACGGUUUAGCUCUGUCUAG